UUCGCUUUUGAUUGGCACACGUGGGUUGAGGCGGGCCUAGUGCCCCGCUUCAGAGAGCGAUUGGUGCGCUGCCCUCUCAAUCCCAGUCGCAGCCGGGGAUGCGUAGCGGCUCCCCGCCCCCUCUCCAGCUGGAUUGGAGCAGAUCUCCUCGCGCCCCGGCGAGGGUGUGUUACCUCGUGUUUGUGUCAAAGGGAUGCGCCGCCGGGUGGGGUAGGCCGGCGGCGUGAUUCCAUAGGUGUGCGCCGAGGACUGUGUAUUAUGACGUCAGGUGACGGAGUUCCUGAAAGCGCCGCCUGGAGACAGAGCCAGCGUGGAGCGGCCGGCAGUAUACAUGAAGCUUCAGUGUCAUACCUGAUAUGACGGACCCAGACGUCCUCACUGAAGUCCCAGCGGCUCUGAAGCGCCUUGCCAAGUACGUGGUGCGUGGUUUUUAUGGCAUUGAACAUGCUUUGGCUCUGGACAUCCUCAUCCGGAAUCCCUGCGUAAAGGAGGAGGACAUGUUGGAGCUGCUGAAGUUUGAUCGGAAGCAACUGCGGGCAGUUCUCAACACCCUCAAAGGGGACAAGUUCAUCAAAUGCAGGAUGAGAGUGGAGACAGCUCCGGAUGGCAAAACCACCCGGCACAACUACUACUUCAUCAAUUAUCGCCUGCUGGUCAAUGUGGUGAAGUACAAGCUGGACCACAUGAGGAGGAGGAUUGAGACUGAUGAGAGAGACUCCACCAAUCGUGCCUCCUUCAAAUGUCCUAUUUGUUUCAGCACCUUCACAGACUUGGAGGCCAAUCAGCUGUUUGAUCCCAUGACAGUACAGGGUAUGAGAGGAUAAUGUUGAGGCAAUGGAUGACACCUACCUCUAAAUCACCUUUAUACCCAAUAUAAUCAGCACCAUCUUCUCACCUAGGCAUCGAGAAAGCUGAAUUAGCACCUGUAUGAAAGGCAAGUGUCUGAAACUGAGCUCAGACAAGUGGAGCAAGGGAAGCAUUUGUAUUUUCCUCUUCUAUAACAGUUCCCUCUGUUGAGGGCACGUGCUGUCAGAUUACGUCUGUUCAGUGUUGGUGGGCUUUUAGACAGUGCUGUUAUAGCCCACAUAGCUACAACUAUAAAAAAUACCCUUUUCCGUCUUCGGCUCUCCAGAAGGCACUACCUCUCCCAUCCAAUGCUAUUAUACUUCAUCUUGGCCACUUUGAUCCAUGCCAGGUCCCAUGGGUGUCUGCAUUUAAAAAAAAAAAAUCACCACUGCUUAUGGACCAGUUGGGGAAGUUUUUGGCCCCCAAACCGAGGCUAAGAAAUGAAUGGCAGAUGCAGACAGAUCUCAACUGGAAUCCCUAUCGAUAACGUCUCCAGGUCAGGAGUGAGGAAUAUUUAAAGGAUGGCAUAUAGGUAGCUUGCCCUGCUGCUACCCAUGGGACACCUGUUUUGAGGCUAAGUAGAGGGGCUUUGAUCUCCAGGGCUGUCAGUCUGAAACUUCUCAUGGACAGUAGUAUCACAGGCCAGGGGAGGCUGAGCCUUCCCAAAUAGCCAGGUGUGGCCAUGCCCACACCGUGCUACCAGGCCCCCUCCUGCUUCCUGCUCUUCC